UCCGAAACCGUUCGGUCCAGCGGUCCAGACCAAACAUAAACUUCCGGCGCAGCGCACAGCCGCUCGCCGCCGUCCUCCAUCCCAAUUCCCACACGGAAGCGGAACCUCCCAAUUCCGCACCACCAUCCCACCGGCGGCCACCGCCGAUGGAGAUCUAACAGCAGAGCCACUCCUAUCUCAACCCAACUGCGCAGAUCCACCACCAUGGAGACCGAGCGGAUCCGGGAGCUCAUCCUCCUCACUCUCCGGGCGCCGCCCGCCCGCCUCGCCCUCGUGGGUGGCAACCACACCGCCGCUCGCUUCUGCACCCGCUAAGCUCGCCUCCUCACCAUCUUCCGCGCCGGCCUUCUCUUCACCGCCGACUCAAACGGCAAAAGACAGCGCUCUCGCUCAGCUCAGCCCGGCGUCCGCGAUGCCGGCUGACAUCGUCGUGAUCCGUCUCCCCGGCCCGCGCGCCCUCCGCGUGCUCGCGCGCUCCGUGCUCUUUGCCGUCGCGCUGCUCUUCCUGCCAUGGCUCCGCCCCGCCGAGGCGCCCGCCCGAGGCCGCGCCGUCGACACGUGCGGCGCAGCCGCGGCCCAGGCGGAGCUCCUGCUGCGCGACCUUCACCAGGAGGGCCUGCCCGUCCACGGAGCCCGCGCCGUCGUCCUCGUCGCCAAUGGCGUCUGCGAUUCGACCGCACCGAAGCAGGACCUGCGGCGGAUGCUGAUGAUAGGGGAGUCGUCAGUGGACUUUCUGCUGGAUUUCGGGUACUUCAACGAAGACGCUGACAGGUUCGCCUUCGCCGAUCGGGUGCUCAAGCAUGGAGGCAUUCUUGCCGCCCCAAUUGACUCGUUGAGCGCGUUCAGCUUGCCGCAGAACUACCGCACCAUAUACAUCCACCGCUUCGCUGAAGCUUUUAUUGGGGUCAAGAAGGUUGCCCCCGCCGAGGACAACAGCCAUGCCGGCACCAGCACCAGAACGGAGCUGCUAUCACCUCCUGCCUUUGACCUUAAGGAAGGGGUGUUUUACAGUCGGCCAGAUGAGACUACCAAUUGUGAAUUCAAGAACAUGGCGAGGAAGCUCUUACUUUCAGACAUCACUGGGACUCCAACGGCAUACUCCUACAAACGCAAAUUGUUGGUGCAGAUGCUCCGUAAGGAUCAGGAGAGUUGAUUCUGCUUCUUUUAUGGAAUGUGAAAAGGCUGCAGCCUGCAGCGGCGCUUUUAUGGAGUGAAGCUGUUCUAGCUUCCCGGGAGAGCAGCAACAUCACAUCAGUUAUAAACCGACUGCAUACACAAUGAAUACAUGGUAAUGGACUGGAGUCAGGGAAUAUUCUUAUCAGUUGCAGUCUAGUAGGCUGUGAUUUGUACCUCUUGAUCUGGUUUGUUCUUGCUGGGUUUUCUUCUCUUUUCAGUUGUUGUUGUUUGCGUGACUUGUAGCUUGGUGAUAAGUUUCUCAUAUGAUGUAUCAUCUGUGUUGAUCUAUGACGUUCACAGUUGUCUUCUUGACACCAUCCAUU